CUCUGAGCUGAUGCAAUAUCCCAAGGUCAACAGACAGCACGUCUGUUUGUUUUUCAGGGCCAGCUUUAUAUGGUACUCCUACGAUCUUGACGUGGUGAAAUCUCGUCAAGACACCUUGUUUCUGUGUCGGAACACAGUUUAUGUACUAUCUGAUUGAUGAUAUCUCUCUAAUGAACCUUUAUAGUGGGGACAAGCAUUUUUAUUCCCAAUAUUUUUCUCGUUUUUUUCCAUUUUAUGAGGCAGGAAGUUUUUCCUCGCUCUAGGUAUGACAUUCCCCAAUCUUACUUCACUUUUCCUCUCUCUCUCUCUCUCUCUCUCUCUCUCUCUCUCUCUCUCUCUCUCUCUCUCUCUCUCUCUCCCUCUCUCUGUCUCUCUCUCUCUCUAUAUCCCUAUCCCGUCUAUCCUCUCUAUGCCAUAUUUCACUUCUCUGAGCUUGUUGUACUACAGACAUGCAUACUUGCUACAAUGGCUGGAUGGGCGAUGCCCCCUUCCCAUUUUCCUUGUCUUCCAUUAUCUUGUUUUAUUUAUCUGAAUACUCAGGGCGAAACCGGAGGCAAGGAUGGAGUUAGAAUCACUGUACUCAAAAUUUCGCCCGGGCAGCUUUCAAGCUUGGUGGGCGUGGUCGAUUAUUGCUUUCAGUUGUUGGUACGGGCAGCUUUUAUGUCAGGAAAGGCGCCGCCUGCUGUGGCUCCGAGGUUUUACAGGCGAAAGUAUGUAAUUGAAUUACUUCCAGAAUGUCCAUCCUGUAUAUGCGCUUCGCUGAGUGAAGCCUGCUCCUCGGCGGCAUGCUUCGAUUUUCUCGCAGCUAAAAUGAUAGAAUGGUAUCCCUCCUUCCUGCCUGUCCAUGCCAUGGACUCAAAUAUUAUUAAGAUCCACUCGGCGUGAAUAGUCAAAAGGCCCACCGCAAACAAUAUGGAGGAAAGU